ACAUCUCACGUUGCACCAAACUUGACGGGGCCCACGACUCGGACUUGCGGAACUGUGUGUGCUUGCCAGUGGAAGAAAGAUAGAGUUAGGUUCUCAUGGGCGUCUGUCCUGAUGCGUCACAAUCAAGGCAACCAACAGGCAGGAGGCAAGCUCAGGCAACCUGCUGUUAACCAACGUGUAUAGCACAACUGCAAAUCCAUUCUCGACUUUCUAAUUUCCUUCCUCUAUAUAAUAUGCAAUCCUGGCGGCCCAAAGACACGCCAACAGAGAGUCAGUCGUUUUUCAAGGCAAACCCGGAUGAAAUUCGAGCCCUGGUGCUCGAUUAUCUUUGCCAUAACGCCUUCUCCAAUGCAGCUCGUGCAUUUGUCAGGGAUAGCGCCGUUAAACAUCUUGAUGCAGAUGGUGAUGAACUCAUGUGUGCGUCGGAUAAGGAGGAACCAAGAGUGGACACCCUAGCGCUGACGUUGGAGGAGAGACUGCUGCUUGCACAACGUCGGAAAGACGUUUGUAUCCAUAUCUUGUCGGGCCAGGUGGACGAAGCCACUACGCUCCUCAGCAGCUAUUUCCCUACAGUUCUUUCAGAAGAUCAUGACAUUCUUGCAGAAUCUUCAGAGUCAUCCCAACUCGCACAUACCCCGAGCUAUAUUCCCGCAACCAGCGUGGACCCCACUCAUCUUGCAUUGAAUUUACGCAUACAAGCGUUCAUUGAAGCGUCACGUACUGUGCCUUUGACCUACCAUUCACCAGACGCCUCCUUUACUCUCGGUCCACCGUCACCCAUAAGACGUGCGGAAUCCUCAUGUCGUCCAGCGAAUGAAGACAUAAGUGCUCAUCAGGAAGCGCUCAUUCACCGUGCACAAAGCCUCUAUGCUGAAGCACAUUGCCUCGCCAAACCUGUCGAUCGCGCGCAUUACAUGAAAGAACUUGGCGAUAUUGGAGGGUUGCUUGUUUAUACUGAACCGGAAAACAGCCCAAUGGCAAAGUAUCUUUUGCAAGAGCGUCGUGAAUCUCUCGCGGACCAAAUUGAUAGUGCAAUACUAUUCAGGAUGCAUAGGUUGCCCAUAUCAAAGAUCGAGCUGGUGGCGCGAUAUACAUCAACCGUCUGCUCCUUCGCGCGCGGGAUGGGGGUCGGGCUACCACCUCCUGGACGUCGGCCUGCCGGAUUGCAUCUUCCACCCUCGUGGCAAGAGGCCCAGGUCGUUCCCAAACGACUAGAUAGCUCAAACUCGGGUAGUUCUGCAAAGAAGGGCACUUCAGGUGGCAAGGAAUCGAGCGAGCAAUCCUUUCCUUUAUUUGAUCUCACUGAGUACGUAGACUCAUAGGUAUGACUUCUCUCCCAUCUCUACCAUUCACGCAUAUUGUACAUCAUCUCAUUUUGGCUGUAUCGGAUAGUCUGUACUGUAUCACAAUCGGAGGAUUUUCUGUCUCUACUUAACAUCAUUGCAUAUUAUUAGUAACGAAAUAUACAUUUAUGAUAAAGCUAC